GUUUGACGUAGGUCUACGCACCUUACGUUAUUGUACGUAGUCGCUUCCUGAGUUUGGCAAGCAGAUACAGCAGAAUAGAAAAUGUUGGUCCUGGUGUUAGGUGACUUGCACAUUCCCCACCGAUGCAACACCCUGCCAGCCAAGUUCAAGAAGCUGCUGGUCCCAGGCAAGAUCCAGCACAUCCUCUGCACGGGCAACCUCUGCACCAAAGAGAGCUAUGACUACUUGAAGACCUUGGCCGGGGACGUGCACAUCGUCAGGGGAGACUUUGACGAGAACCUGAACUAUCCAGAACAGAAGGUUGUGACGGUGGGUCAGUUUAAGAUCGGCCUCAUCCACGGCCACCAAGUGAUCCCCUGGGGAGACAUGGCCAGCCUGGCCCUGCUGCAGAGGCAGCUCGACGUCGACAUCCUCAUCUCAGGACACACGCAUAAGUUUGAGGCCUUUGAGAACGAGAACAAGUUCUACAUCAACCCCGGCUCAGCCACGGGCGCCUACAACGCACUGGAAAGCAACAUCAUCCCAUCCUUUGUAUUGAUGGACAUCCAAGCCUCCACAGUGGUCACGUAUGUCUAUCAGCUCAUUGGAGAUGAUGUCAAAGUGGAGAGGAUCGAGUACAAGAAGUCCUAAAGCAAGUGGAGGGAGGGGAGGUAGAAUGGUAGGGAGGGAGGGUGGAGGCAUGGGCUGUUGUCGUUCACUUUGUGUAUCGUUUCAUUCCUUUCCACCUGCAGCUCCAAUUGUCAUCACAAUGCUAAUGCUGUACCAUAACUGUUUGCUAACUUAACUCUAAAAAGAAAUGUAUGAUAUUGUUUAUAUGUCAUCGGCAUUCGCUUGUAUUUGACCAUCCAACCUGGUGUCUGUAGAGAAUGCAAUAAUGUCACAUGUAUGUGCAUAAUGUCAUUAAAGAAAUAUUUGGUGCCAUUUUUUUUAUUUCCCUCAUGCAAUGACUUCUUUUAGACAUUGGAAUUUUCCCUGUAGUUUAUCUUAUUCAAAUUUGUCCCAUAAUAAAAAUCUCAUAUCACUGUCA